AUGGCUAACCCCGUGACUAGUUCCGAGUACCCAUCUGAGGUGUAUGGUUUAGUAACAAAGCUCGCGCUGGAAGUUACAUUCCGAAAUUACUGGUGUUUUUUGCCCUUGACAUCCCCGGAUCCGUCGUUGCUUGCGACCAUCGUCAAGGACUUCCGCCCUAAUCUAACGGAGUACGAGGACUUCUAUCGACACGUCCACCAAAACCCCGAGGUCUCUGGGCUCGAGUUAGAGACUAGCGAUUUGGUAGCGUCGCAUCUCCGUCGGCUAGGUUUUGAUGUUCACAUCAACAUUGGCGGGCAUGGGGUCGCUGGUGUGCUCAAAAACGGUCCUGGGAGAACGAUUCUGAUUCGAGCCGAGCUCGACGCCUUGCCUAUCUUAGAGCAAACCGAUUUACCUUACAAAAGCACGAAAAGAAUGAUCGAUCGAUAUGGCAAUGAGAGACCGGUGAUGCAUGCCUGCGGCCACGACAUGAAUAUGGCAGCUUUGUUGGGAGCUUCAGCCUUAUUGAAAUCUGCGCGCGAACGCUGGUCGGGUACACUGAUCACACUCUUUCAGCCAGACGAAGAAGAGACUGGAGGGGCUCAAGCUAUGGUUGAUGAUGGCCUCUAUUCCAAAAUACCGAUACCAGAUAUCAUGUUAGGCCAGCAUGUUGUACCUUUGAAAAGCGGGCAGGUCGCCGUUAAAUCUGGCGAGGUGCUUGUUGCGGCAGAAUCCAUCCAUGUCCGUAUUAUCGGAGGACCUUGCGAAGGCAGCAUCAACCCACAAUUAUGCGUCGACCCCAUUCCUCUCUCAAUGCGGAUCAUAGCAGAGUUGGAAGACUUUGUACACCAAGAACUCGGCCACAAGAACGACGUUACGGUUGCGUGCUGGGGUUUCCACGCUGGACUCCCCGGAAAUGAUUACGUCGCAUUCGCUGAUUUCCUGUUGGACGUCAAAACAAUAGAUCCGGAGAUUCGACUUAGAGCGCUGGAUCUUGUUGAGAGAAAGAUUCGUGAUGAUUGUAGGGCGGCAAAGACGCCGAAGGACCCGGUAUUCAACUAUUCCGUCCGAGCGCCGUUGACAAAAAACGAUCCUGAUGUCACCGCUCAAAUCCAGGCCAUAUUCUCAUCAUACUUCGGAUCUGAUAGCGUUCCAAUGGAGCUUACGAGGGCAUGUGAAGAUUUUUCUAUCCUCGGGGCGAAGCAUGACAUUCCCUAUACCUACUGGAAUUUUGGCGGAAGCGCGACCACAAAGGGCGAAAUCGCAACAAACCAUUCGCCUUUUUUUGCCCCCCAGUGUGAGCCUACCUUACAAGCUGGUACAGAUGCUAUGGCAUUGGCGAUUCUGUCUUUCUUGGCGAUAUGAUAACACGGGGUGGUGGUAAGGAUGCUAAAUCUUGGUCCACCGUGCUGGUCUGAUAUCGAAAAACAAAUCUUUUGUACGAAAUCAUUCACUGGGAAGAGGUGUAUGGAGCAGAUCAGUGAUUUUCUUCCUUCUAUUCACGGGAAGGAAGAGUGGCCUGGGCAUUAUUCAGCGAUAGGUCAUCUUGAGAGAAUGCUAUUUAUUCAAACUUACAGGACGUGCGACCUUUAAGGUGGCCUAGUCUUUGGAACUUUCUAUGGUAUCUACGCUGGCUCCACAAUCAUACCAGGCGGCUGUAUAGCUAAUCCAAUCUCGGUCCC